CCCUUUUUUAUGAAUUUUUUGCAUUCACAUGCACCCCUCCUCCCCCAUAUCAUUGUUGUUGACAUGAUGUCAUAUUGUAGUUGUUGUUGUAACAAUAAUUGCAUGCACCAUUAACGCGGGCAGCUGGCUGCGAACCUCGCUUGAACAUUGAAUUGGAAACAGAAAAAAAAAAACAAAUAUCGAUAGAACAUCAACAACUACAACAAUAUCCGCAGCAGUACAAAUCGCAGAAACUACAGCCAAACAGCAACAACAUCAGUACCAGACUACAGUAACUGGUGAUCUCUUUGCCAUCGGGAUUUUGAAAUUAUAAUUGCGAUCAAACAAUUAAAAAAAAAAUCAAAUUACAAAUAACACGUCGAUUAUUGAAGUUCGAAAAAUUAUUGCCAAGUUGCGAAUCAGUUCAAACCAUGAAGGCCAUCAAAGAUAUUGUUCAUCCGGUUAAAAAAGAGUUUCGCCGGGAAAAAUGUGGCUUCGAACACACACCGCCAGAUGAUUUUGUCAAAUCGCAGUGGCAAAAUCGCACCAAGAGCAUCCUUUAUCUAAUCUAUCGCCUAUUUCUGGCUGGCUUCUUUAUUGCCGUUGUCAUCGAUUCCAUGAUCGACCAUUAUCACAAUGCCAGCUUUGGUUUGUAUUUCAUCUACAUGACCAACUGGGGCAUUCUGCUGUGCAUGCUGACAAAUGUCUAUGCCGCCAUAUUGGUGCUCAUAUGGCACUAUCGUCCUGAUUAUGCAGAUAAACUGUUAAAUUUGGAAUCCUUAACAAGUCCAUUCCGCAUCUAUUGGGGUCUACACAUAACAGCGCUGGUCGUCUCAAUUGUUAUAUCAAUUAUUUACUGGACUCUGCUAUAUGAUGUGAACGAAAGUAACCUAAAUGCCACUAACAUUUUGACCCAUGUCUUCAACUCUAUUUGUAUGUUUGUGGAUCUGCUGAUUGUGGCCCAUCCGCUGAGGUUGCUGCACAUGUUUUUACCGGUACUAUUCGGUAUUAUUUAUGCCAUAUUCUCGGCCAUAUAUCAGCUGAGUGGGGGUCACAAUAUAAAAGGCAAACCAUAUAUUUACCAUGUAGUGGAUUGGGCCACACCGGUCAAUGCCACACUGACAGUGGUUGCAGUUCUCCUCCUCUCCUGUGUUAUCUAUAUGCUGCUGUUCACAAUCUACAAACUGAGGACGCUGUUGUAUCGGCGCAUUAACAAGGCCUCGUUUAUACUGCCCACAACAACACCACCUCCCCCCAUUACGAAAAAGAAAGCCGGCACCGGUAUUAAACAUUCUGCCUCGGGCAUUUCUAUGGUCCUGGGCGAUUUUGAGGGUAAAACGAAUCCAGCCUUUUCGCAGAGUUCUGAAAAUAUACACAAGAAAUGAGAAUAUAAUUAUUAAACAAAAAAAAUUAAAAUAACUUAAUUUAUUUUAGUCGAUUUCCAUUAAAUUAAUAAUUUUUGGAAAAUACUUAGCCGUAUAAGAACUCU